UGAUCCAGAUCAUGGGGGCUGGACUGGGUCCAGGUGCAAAGAAGAAAAAAAAGAAACCCUGGAAGGACCAUUAAGAGUCAGCUCUCACUCACACACACACACACACACACAGAGCAGCAGAGCGCAGACGCUCUUCAUCCAGAUCCAGAUCAGUGCCAGAACCAGACGCAUGGUCGCCUCUCUUUUUGUUUUUUUUGUUUGUUUUUGCGUGAUUUCUGGACUCGUUUGUGUCACGUGACGAACUUUUGUGUAUUUUCCACACCUCUGAGGAAUAACUGUGGGAAUUAAAGGUGCAUGCGGGGUUUUUUCCUCCUCGACGCACAGAAGUCCGGCUGGAACACUUUGAACACCGGGAUUGUUUGGAUUAAAACCCAGAAGUAAAGACUCGGUCAGGGAGACUCCGUCUGGGCUGCUUUUUGGUUGACUUGUCCCAGAAAUGGUGGGGCACCUUCACCUACAAGCGAUGGAUGAUAGUCUCAAAGGAAAGAACCGGGAAGGGCUGCUCGACAGCCCGGACUCCGGAUUGCCCCCGAGUCCCAGUCCGCCCUUCUGCUCCCUGUCCCCGGGUCUGAUCGAGUCGCGCUCCAGCAGCUGCGCGACGCCCGUGGAAAGUCACCAUGGAUUUUAUAAGAAGGAAAGCAAGGAAGGCAAACUGCUGCCCUACCUGCUGCUCAACUCCACGGGGACGGACCCCAAGACCCGCAUGCUCCCCGUGUUCUUCGGAGAAAGCAUCGAGGUCAACCCCAAACCAGAGCAGGAGAUCAAGUGCAACUCUGAGGUCAAGUAUGACUCCGACAAGCAUUACCGGGACCGGGUCUACUGCGCUCCGGUUCCCACGGCGACCUCCUUCAGCGAGACAGUGGUGGCGGUGCGGGACUGCACCUGGAGGAGCUACAAGUCCCAGGUGUACCUGGAGCCGCGGCAGAGGCCCGUCAGCUACCAGAGCACCACCAUCAUCUACCCCAAACACGCCAAGAACACUUACCGCACCACGCUCAACUACAACGCCGCCGGCUCCCGCCGCUGGUUCGUCUCCACUGUGCAGCUGGAGUCGAGCGAGGACUCGAGUCCCUGUAUCAUCUACACGGAGGAUCUGUAGACACGCAGGAGGAUCAUCGCGUGUGCUCUUUGGAGGACGUGUUGAAAGCCUGUAAAAAAACCAAAAAAAAAACACAAACCCUGCCUGUUUAUCUUUACUAGCCGUGGAGGAAACUUUGGGAACCCGUAGAGUGUAUUUAGACUUUUCUACUGAUGCGGUCUUUAGAGCGGGACUCGGUCCUGUGGCGCCGCACUUGAAUGGUUCAUGUCUUAUUUAAUACAAGAGCUGACAAAUUGGUGGCCGUCGCUGUUCUUCCAGUUGGACUGUCGCACCUCGGUGACGGUGACGGUCAAGAGCGCAGAUGACGGCGCCCCCUGUCGCACCAAUGCAAAGCUUGCUCAUGUGGCUUUAUUGCACUUGUUUUCUUUGGACCAAAGACGACGUUCAUCCCCCCCGACAUGAAUUAACACUCUCAAAAACAGUGGUUUGUAUCGAGUUCAUACUGAAGUCUAUUUUAAGAGUAUCUCAGUUAUGAAAUCUGGUUAAAAAUAAUGUGAAAUGCUCCACCACGUUGGGUCAAAGGUGUUUUGGUUUAGGAUGAACUUCAUUUGAACAUGUUAAUGUUGUUGUUCUUAAGAUUCAUGAAGAGAGUGACGCUUAAAAACUCACCGUAGGACCACAUCGCCCGUUAGAAACAAAAUAAUCAACGACAUGGUUUUGGUUCACUUCAUCGCGCUGCACCACUCAAACUUAACGACUAAUCUUUGUAAAUGUCUUGUUUAUGAGUGCAUGUGUAGAGAAAUAGUCAGUGCAGUGUCACAUGAUCACAUCACAUUUCAUUUAAAGCGUGUUGUUAUUUAUACUCUUGUGUAACUUACAGUUUAAGUGCUGCUGGUGCAGCCGAUGGUGUCAAGGUCAAAGGUCGUUUUUGGACGGAUCCAAAAAAGCAUAAAAACAAACUAUGAAACUACAAUUUCCCUGUUUUUCGCCAACAUUUGCAAAUAUUGAGUCUUCAGAUUUUUUUACCUCAAAAUUUCACUUUUAUUUUGUUGGAGAACAUUUUUUUUUUGUAUAUUCCCUACUUCUCAGUUGAGGUUGUGAAUUUGUUUGAUUUUUUUUUAGUAUUUUUUUGGGAGACGCUCGGCGGGUUUUUGUGUGGAGGAGGACGAACGAGAAGUAGGUGGAGCUACUGGGCUUUAACGAGGGGAACAGGAAGUACAGUCACGGGGGAAAAGUCACAUCGGCUCUUUCAGAAUAAAACCGAGUUAAUAAAAACUUGACUUUUAAAGUUCCGUGGUAAGACAGGUGCAGAGUUGAGUUAUGUGUCAGUGAUGGUGUGUGAGGAUGAGGAGGUGAGUUUUGGUGGGGGGGGGGGGGUUUUGUGUGUGAGAUAUUUUUUGUGUGUGUUUCCUAACACUUGAUUUUGUUACUGUAAAAUAUUUCUUCCUGUUGUAUAUUAUGUGGCAUCGAGGCACUUCAUAAUUCUCUUUAUAUUUUUGUACGUCAAUAAUUGCUCCUGUUCUGAUCGAGGAAAAAUAAUUUAAAAAAAAGAUUGUAUAUCAUAAAUGAAUAAAACAUGAAAUUCCCAACCCCA